AUGACCGCCCAGGUUCCUGUUCUUCACAAGGAGAAGAUCCUUGACUACCAGAACGCCCUCGACAUUGUCAAGAGCGAGUACUCCGAGCGUGAUGGCAUCAACGUCCAGACCCUCCUCGACUCCAAGAACAACGGCGGUCUGACCUACAACGAUUUCCUGGUCCUCCCUGGUUACAUUGGCUUCUCCGCCAACGAGGUCACCCUCGACUCGCCCGUCACCAAGCGCAUCUCCCUCAAGACUCCNCUCCUCUCCUCGCCCAUGGACACCGUCACCGAGCACAACAUGGCCAUCCACAUGGCUCUCCUCGGUGGUCUUGGUGUCAUUCACCACAACUGCUCUGCCGAAGACCAGGCCGAGAUGGUCCGCAAGGUCAAGCGCUACGAGAACGGUUUCAUCCUCGACCCCGUCGUCAUCUCUCCCGAGACUACCGUCGGCGAGGCCAUUGCUCUCAAGGAGAAGCUUGGUUUCGGUGGUUUCCCCUCCGGCAAGCUUCGCUCCAAGCUCCUCGGUAUCAUCACUCCUCGUGAUAUCCAGUUCCACGAUAACCUGAGAGACUCGGUCAGCAAGGUCAUGUCGACUGAGCUCGUCACCGCUAAGAGUGGCAUUGAGCUCACUGAGGCCAACGCUAUCCUGCAAAAGUCCAAGAAGGGCAAGCUUCCCAUCGUUGACGAUAACGGCAACCUGAUCUCGCUCGUCUCCCGCUCCGAUCUGAUGAAGAACUUGAACUANCCCCUCGCCUCCAAGCUCUCCGACUCCAAGCAGCUGAUCGCCGCUGCCGCCAUCGGUACUCGUCCCGACGACAAGGCUCGUCUCCAGAAGCUCGUUGACGCUGGUCUCGACAUUGUUAUCCUUGACUCUUCUCAGGGUAACUCCAUGUACCAGAUUGAGAUGAUCAAGUACAUCAAGAAGACCCACCCCGGUCUUGAUGUUAUUGGUGGCAACGUUGUCACUCGCGAGCAAGCCGCCGGUCUUAUCGCUGCUGGUGUCGACGGUCUCAGAAUUGGUAUGGGCUCCGGCUCUGCCUGCAUCACCCAGGAGGUCAUGGCCGUUGGUCGUCCCCAGGCUGCUUCCGUCCACAGCGUUACCUCGUUCGCUGCCCGCUUCGGUGUUCCUUGCAUUGCUGACGGUGGUAUCCAAAACAUUGGCCACAUCGUCAAGGGUCUUGCUCUCGGUGCCAGCACUGUCAUGAUGGGAGGUCUCCUUGCCGGUACCACCGAGUCACCCGGUGAGUCCUACGUCUCUCGUGAGGGUCAGCUCGUCAAGGCCUACAGAGGUAUGGGUUCCAUCGACGCCAUGGAGGACAAGAAGGCUGGUGUUGGUUCUACCAACCCCAACGACCCCAAGGCUUCCAACGCCGGUACCGCUCGCUACUUCUCCGAAGGUGACAGACUUCUCGUCGCCCAGGGUGUCUCUGGUUCCGUUCUCGACCGUGGAUCCGUCACCAAAUUCGUUCCUUACCUCAUCUCGGGUGUUCAGCACUCCCUCCAGGACAUUGGUGUUACUAGCUUGACCGCUCUUCGCCAAGGUGUCAUUGACGGCGAGGUCAGAUUCGAGCUCCGUACCGUCUCUGCUCAGGCCGAGGGUAACGUCCACGGUCUCCACAGCUUCGACAAGAAGCUCUACGCUUAG